AGGGAUCCUCCUUCCGACUCCGGCUCGUUUAAGUCCUCGAGCUCGAUGUCCUUCCUCGGCCAGUUCAACAAGGUCUUGCAGUCCCUCUCCCCGCCUCCACUCACUCUUCUCGAGGAGUAUGAUGGACCAGAGUAUCCUUUCGCCAAAUACCUCGCGUUUCGGCCAGGACUUUUGAAAACCGAGGCCUUCAUCCUCGCCGGUGUACUCUUCUACGUCUUGUUCUUCUUCCUCGGGAAGCGCAACAAUGAGCAACGGGUCAAUGCAUGGUGCGACGCCCACGCGUCCCUCUACGAGAAACAAUUCUCCAAACCCGCAGCCGGUGGCGUCACCCAAGACGGAUACUCCGACUUUUUCCUCUUCUCCACCGGCAGACGCCUCGUCGCCUCCCUCCACACCGUCUUCACCCUCCGUCCUCGUCACGACCUCUCCCAGACCCUCUACCAAGUCAUCCGUGAGCUCGUUCAGCUCACUUGGGUGCCCCAGGACGAGAUCCAGUUGGACUUCAAGCUGCAUCCGGAUGUGGUCCUUCCGGGCUUUGUAUGGGCUUUGGUCAGCAAGAACGAGUUGACUUCGAUUCAGAAGGAGAGGUGGGACUUGACUUGGACGCGCUCUUCUGAGAAUCCGGCUCUGCCUCAAUGGGCCUCCGUCAUGACCGAAUUCGCCGACGUAACCGAGAACCUCCUCAAACUAGGCGAACCAGUCUUCAAAGCCCUCCGCGAUCCCGCCAUCCAACCCUACUUCCGUUCUCUCUCCGUAACCGACCUCCCCCGCGAACACCCCGACUCCCUCAAACACGAAAAACACGUCAUCCUCUCCCUACACUCCCUCCCCUCCUCCUCCGCCCACCUCUCCCUUCCCCUCAUCACAGCCCUCUUCCAAUUCGUCGACGCUUUACCGCGCACGAACCUCCGCCCGGAGACGAAGAAGAAGCUGGCGGCGAAGAGGGAGGAGUUUUUGAAGGAGCUGAAGGAGGAGAGGGAGAAGCCGAAGAGGGAGGAGGCGUUGGAGGCUAAGGCGGCGGCGAAGAAGAAGGCGGAGGAUGAGAGGAUGGCGAAGUUGACGGCGGCGGAGCAGCAGAAGCUCCUCGAGCGCGACCGUAAAAAGGCGAUGCGCAAACAGGGUAAAAUGUCCGUCCGGAAGAGCUGAAGUGGACUGCCCGUACGAAACCUCAGCGUCGAGCGUCCUGCCGAAUGCACUUGUCUUGUCCCGAAAGGACUUUAUCUAUGUAUUUAAAAUAAAAGCUUCUGCUGUGGUAUUGUAUGGAGUCGAUGGCCCGCAAUCGCAUUGACAA